AUGCCCGGGCUGCGCACAAGCGAGAUCCACGCCCUGCACAAUGGCGUCAAGGUCAAGGAGUUCUAUAAAGAAAGCAGCGUUGUGCUGCGCUGGACGACCGUCAAGCGCGCGGGCGUGGGCCUCAUCAACCUGGGUAACACCUGCUUCAUGAACUCGGUGCUGCAGUGUAUCACGCACACGCCGCCGCUGGCGCAACUAUUCCUCUCUGAGCGCGACAUCGCGCCACGCAGCAACGGCGGCACGCCGCCCGGUCACUUCGACCCGAUCGCCGCGACGCAGCAGCUGGUGCGCCGCGCGUUCAGUGGCGGCGCGCCGGCGCGGCCGGCGCUGCACGCCAAGGGGCUGCGGGCGAUCAACCGGCGCUUCCGCCUGGGCCGCCAGGAGGAUGCCCAUGAGUAUCUGCGGUGCCUAGUGGACGCCAUGCACGAGGCCUGGCUCAAGGGCCUGGGGCUCAAGCAGAAGCCGUCGCAGGAGCUGGCCACCACCACCUUUGUGCACCGCGUCUUCGGCGGCCGCCUGCGCAGCCAGAUCAAGUGUGAGGGCGUGGACUACGAGUCGUGCACCUACGACCCCUUCCUCGACCUCUCCCUGGAGAUUAAUCAGGCGGCCACGCUGCAGCGCGCGCUGCAGCACUUCACCGCGGCUGAGGUGCUGGACGGCGACAACCGCUACCGCUGCCCCAAAAACAACAAGCUCGUGCGCGCCAAGAAGCGGAUUACCAUCGAGGAGGCGCCCAACGUGCUGGCGGUCCACCUCAAGCGCUUCGACUUCUUCGGGCGCGGCCACAAGCUGUCAAAGCGGGUGGAGUUUGGGACGGACCUGGACCUGGGCCCCUACAUGAGCGGCUGGCCGGCCUGUGGGCCGCAGCUGUACGACCUGUACGGCGUGCUCGUCCACCACGGCCACAGUUUGCACUCUGGCCACUACGUGUGCUACGUGAAGGCCGGCAACGGCAUCUGGCACCUCUGUGAUGACCACCGGGUGGCGCAGGUCAGCCAGCGCGCGGUGGAGGGGCAGCAGGCCUACAUACUGUUCUACGUCAGGCGCAGCCCCCGCACGCCGGCCUCGGUCGGCGCGGGCGACGCGACGGCCACGGCCGCGGCGAUGCUGGCUAUGGCGGAGCGCAAGGCGGCGGCUGCCAAGGCCGGCGCGGCCAAACCCGCAGGCGCCGUCGUGCCGGAGGGGCGCGCGGAGGCUCGGAACGGGGUGGACAGCAGCAGCAAGGUCGGGCAGGCGGGCGCUCCUGUGCAGGCGCAGGCACGGGAUCAGCAGUUGCAGCAGCGGCGGCAGGAGCAGCAGCCGGUGCCCGCGGCGGCCGCGGCCGUGCCUCAGCAGCCAGCGAACGCCGAGCGUCCGCAGCAGCAGCAGCAGCAGCAGCAGCAGCGUGGCGUGGCGCGGCUCAAGGCAGGGACAGCAGCGGGUGCGGACACUUUGGUCGGGAACGGCGUGGCGGCAGGCGCGGGCUCUGGCGCCGCAGCCGUUGUUGUUGUAGAUGGACCCGCCAACGGUGUUUCUAGCCCAGAAAGCAGCUGCCCAUCCUCGGGGCCGCAGGACUCUCAAACCGUGCACUGCAAAGUGCAGGUCCCCGUGCGCUCGCUGCGCAUCCCCAGCCACCACCUGCUGCGGCCGCGAGGCAUGUCGAGCUUCAGCCGGCACGUCCGCAUCUUCCAGGGCUUCGUGCAGCAGAGGUCGCAGCAAGAGGCCGCCCUGCGCAGGCGCGAGGCGGGGCGCGCCCAGCUGGUGCCUGGGCAGCGCGGCGGGCCGGAGGAGCCCGCGACGGCGGCGGCGGCGGGGAGAGAGGCUGCAGUCGCGGCCGGCGGCAAGCGUCGGCGGGCAGAGCGUGAGGGGCAAAACGGACACCUGGAGCCUGGGAAGCAGCAGCAGCAGGAGCAGCAGCAGGUGGUCGCUGCAAAGCGUGCCAGGCGCAUCGUGCCGCAGCCAGUGCCGCUCGAGCCUGCGCCGGCGCCCUUGCGGCUCAAGCAGCAGCAGCAGCAACAGCGGGAGCGGGCGUCAGAGCAGCAGCAACCGCUGGCCGCCCAGAAGCAGCAGCAGGGCGAGCAGCAGCAGGGCAAGCAGCAGCAGGGCAAGCAGCAGCAGGGCAAGCAGCAGCAGGGCAAGCAGCAGCAGGGCAAGCAGCAGCAGCAGGAGCGCCACAACCACCAUCAGCCACCACAGCUGCCGCAGCCGCAACAGCGGGAAAAGCAGCCGCGGAAGCAGGACGGCGGCGAGCCGUUUGCUGUCCAGGGCGGCGGCCUCAGCGGCGGGGUGGGCGGCGGCGGGCCCGCGGCGCCAACGGGCCUAGAGGCUCUGAUGCUCCUCUCCAGCGACGCCGCCGCAGCGCCGGGCGGCUGGGACGGCGCGGAGGAUGCCUCCGAGGCGGCCGCAGCCGCGCGGCUGCAGCGCCAGCAGGACGCUUUGCUCGGGCGGCGGCGGCGGGACGAGUGGGACGUGGAAUAUGACCGCGGCAAGAACAAGAAGUACGUUACCGUAGGAAUCGUCGGUGGUUCCGACCUUGUCAAGAUUCAGGAGCAGCUCGGCAGCAAUGCCCUGGAGGUGUAUGACUACGUGUUCAGCGAGAACGGCCUGGUGGCGCACAAGGCGGGCAAGCUGCUGGCGGUGCAGUCGCUCAAGGUGCACCUGGGCGAGGACAAGCUGAAGAAGUUCAUCAACUUUGUGCUGCACUACAUCGCCGACCUCGACAUCCCCAUCAAGCGCGGCACCUUCAUCGAGUUCCGCAACGGCAUGCUCAAUGUGUCCCCCAUCGGCCGCAACUGCAGCCAGGAGGAGCGCGACGCGUUCGAGGUAUACGACAAGCAGGCCGGCGUCAGGCCCAAGUUUGUGGAGGUGCUGCGCGAGGAGUUUGCGGAUUACGGCCUCACCUACUCCAUCGGCGGCCAGAUCAGCUUUGACGUGUUCCCCCAGGGCUGGGACAAGACCUACUGCCUGCAGUUUGUGAACAAAGACUUUGACGAGAUCCACUUCUUCGGGGACAAGACCUUCAAGGGCGGCAACGACUACGAGAUCUUCACCAGCGACGAGACCAUCGGCCACGCCGUCACCAGCCCCGACGACACACGCAAGCUGUGCACCGAGCUCUUCAUGUCGAAGUAG